UAAAACAUUCUGAUCAUCCAGCCGUGGUCCGGAUUGGCAUGCACUUAGCCAUAACUGAUCUUGAUGGUACGAAUCGAGCCAGAGAUCCAGCCAGACCAUCCAGACGAUAGCCCAAUCCACCACCAUCGAGGCUGCCUUCCAUUCCUGUAUAUAUAUAUAUAUUUCAUACCACCUCGUCCCGUCAGCUGAUGCAGGCCUAGCUGACGUUGCUGUCGAUUAAGAUGAUGAUGAUGAGGAUGAUGAUGAAAACGAAAAUGAUCCACAGGGUGCUGUCCAGAGCAGAGGAGCUAGACACAGACAGAUCGAAGAAGCUUGUGGGACUCCCGCGAAGGAAGACGGACACGUCCGGACCUUGCGUCAGAUCGUAGCCUACGUGCCCACUACGUAGGAUCAGUACGAGAAGGCUCCAGAUCAACAACCCAAGCCAGCGAGAUAGAGCCAGCACACCAGAAUACCUACCUAAAUGAAGAAGGCGGGGGCCAGGAGGUGCCGCCUUUCCUGGCAAUUGAGCCCAUUGAUGGGCAUGGACCCAUAAAUAAAAUCCAAGUGUGACAGCAGAGUGUGGCGUAAGCAUAACAUCUUGAUGAUCCAUCCUCGAGGGACUCACAUCCGGGGUUAGUCCCAAUCCGCAGACAGACCACCUCAAAACGCAGUGUCGGGAUUGGUGCUACGAUGUCGACCUCCUCGCCCUCCUCGCCCUCCUUGUCCUUGCCCAAUGGCGCUCAUCAAGGGGCGCUCAUGGCCUCGUUGGAAGGGGCCAUUCUCGACACGGAUGAGGAGCAGACUUCGGCUCAAGCCUCGGCUCAAGCCUCGGCUCAAGCCUCGGGCCCAGCUUCGGGCUCCCUGGCCUCAGCUCAGGCCUCGAUGAGCGGCCUCGCCUCCUCCAUGUUCAACUCGGCCUUACCCGAUGUGUUGACCAGCGAGUUGCAGACCUUGAAUCUCCACGCCGACGAGCAGCCUUGGAGCUUCACGCUUCUCAACGACCACGAGCAGUUGUGCGUGGAUACGCCCGAGGCCUUUGCCGCCAAGUUGGGCUGCCUGCCCGAGCAGAAGGCCAAGGUGGUGGCCAUUGUGGGUAACGCCGGCGAAGGCAAGUCCUUCACCUUGAAUCACGUGUUCUUCGAUGGACAAGAGAUUUUCCCCACCUCGGCCGACCCGCAUAGCGGCACUUUGGGAGUGAGUGCUGUCUUCCAGCCGUGUCAGAACCUGUUGGUCUUGGACACGGAAGGCUUCCUGGGCCAAGGCCAUGAGAAUCGUCGCACCCGCCAGCUCUUGAAAGUGCUGGCAGUGUCGGAUAUUGUGAUUGUCAAAACCCAGGCGGAGCGGUUGCACAACGACCUGUUCCACUUUCUGGGCGACGCCGCCAAGGCCUACGAGGAGCAUUUCUCGGCCGAGCUCAAACGCGUGUCCCAGGCCAUUGGCCGUUUGGGACCUCUAGUGAUCAUUUUCCACGAGACCCGACACACGGCCCCCUUAAAAUUGUCCGAGGCGGGUUUGACGCCCGAAGAUCAGAUACGUCGCCGAAUCCUGGCCCAAAACCAGGAUGUAUCGGCUUUCAGUCGCCUAGUCUACUUUGGUCACUGCCACGAUCCGGAGGCAAAUGAUCAGGGCUCGACCGUGUUUGAACGGCUUUUGCGGGUCAUUGCUAAUCAUGCGGCAGAUACCUCAAUGCGCUCACCUCGCCCCGUGUCACUCAUAUUUCGAACGAUACAGGUUUUGAAUGAAAAGUUCCGCGAUGAUAUCGUCCCCACCCAUUUCCGCUCAUUUCCGGACGAGUACUUCACGUGUACCUCCAAAUGCUCGUGUUGCGAGCAACGAUGCACAAGGGCCAUCAACCAUAAAGAUGAACACUACUCCAAGGAGAAUUGUUCUUACGUCAAAAGUCGGAACAACAAACUGUACAUGUGUCGCAGAUGUUUCGAGGAUGGUCGGCGAGAGAUGGUGGUGCCCAAAGCGGGCGCCUCGGAAGAAGGCUCACUGAGUGCCUUGGCCUCCUACGCUUGGUCCGGGGACGUGCUCGAGUGCUCAAGGUGUGGCGUCAUCUACCGCUCCAGGCAGCACUGGUACGGCAAUGACACGCCCGAAUCCAAGGCUGUAGUCCAUACCGAGGUGUCGCACAUGUGGCCCGGAACUCGGACCUUGCAAGGUACCCAUAACGCAGCGCGUCGCAUGCUGGACGGAGUAUCCCAGAUCGGUGAGAUGGUCAGUCAGAUCACGGCCGUGCCCAAGAAAUCUGCAGCCGAUUGGGUGGCCAAUCAAGUGAACCCGCCUUACUGGACACCCAACUCGGUCAUCGUGUAUUGUCAUGGAUGUCGCUACAAAUUCACGCCCAACUCCCCCAUUCACCACUGUCGGGCGUGCGGCGAGGGUUUCUGCGAUGCUUGCAGCGACUUUCAAAGGCCGGUGCCCGAAAAGGGUUGGCCGGAACCGGUUCGCUCUUGUCGCCAAUGCUACACGAGCUAUCAGUCCACGACCCGGGGCUCGUCGUCCUCGUCGUCAUCGGGCGGGCGUUACAUGGGUGGCGGGGAUUCCAGCAGCGCCUCCAUUCAGACCCGUCGGAUGGGCGAGAAAGUGGUGGGCUCCAUCUCGACAUUUGCCUCCAUGUUCCAAUACCCAAUCAAUGUGAUGAAAGACUCGGCUCGCCCUGAAUAUUGGGUCCCGGAUGACGAGAUCGAGGAGUGUGUGGUGUGUCGAGUCACCUUCGACGGACGCCUCUUGAGUAUUCAUCAUUGUCGGCAAUGCGGUCAUGGCGUGUGUGAAAGCUGCUCCAAGACCAAAAAGCCCGUGCCCGCGAGGGGAUGGGACCAACCUGUCAGAGUCUGCGAUACUUGCGUAUGAGGAUGCGAAGGCCUGGCCCAUACUAAGUGUUACAAAACGUCCCAUUGGGAAAGAGGAUCAUGCUACAAUGGAGGAUACCAGCCCACCACCACCCUACCCCCGGCCAUCUCACUCGCUCUUCACCUCUCUCUGCUUUUCGGAAACAAGGUCCGGGCGGCGGCGAUUGCUUGGGUGCGAUUCCGCAUUUCUUACCAGAAGUCAAUGAGAACCAGUCAAUUUGAGAGCGAAACAGAAUAUAUGACAUAGUACCAUUACACUGAAGCAUUCUAGGAUACCACUUUUAGGGCCCCUGUUAGGUCUGUGGCGAAAUUCCUAACGAAAAUCUUGGAACAGGGCAGUAAUAGGCGAACUCACCGUCGCGCAUCAGUCACCUAUUUAGGAAUUUGAGCACUUUGUAAGUCUAUGAUCUAGUCAAAGUGAAUCAACUGAAAUCCACGUA